ACUGGACCUUACUUCCUGUUUUUUCAAGCAUUCAGCAACAGAUAUCAAAUUGUUAUUUAAUCUCAAAUAGUUUCAAUGGAAUUUAAUCUCUUACAUUUCUUUGCACUGCUUUCUCUCGCAUUUGUGGCGAGUCAUGCAGCUCAAUCUUCUGCAGAUUAUUGGAGAUCAAUUUUGCCUAACACUCCCGUGCCUGAAUCUAUUAGUGAACUUCUUCGCUCUCCGGCUGAAUGGAUGGAUGACAAAAGCACAACUGUUGCCGUUGGAGAGGGCAAUGUAGGUGUCAACACGGGCAGUAGUGGCGGCCCAGGAACCAAUGUACAAGUCGGAAAAGGCUCGGGUGUGGAAGUCAGCACAGGAACUCCUGGAGAAGAGACUGAUGUUGGUGUUGGCAAAAAUGGUGUGGUAGUCAAGUCAGGCAACAAAGGGAAGCCUGUUUACAUUGGAAUCACUACAGGCCCGAGCCCGUUCGACUACAACUAUGCUGCCUCUGCAGCUCAGCUUCAUGAUGAUCCCAAUGUAGCCCUCUUUUUCUUAGAAAAAGAUUUACACCAGGGAACUAGCAUGAAUCUACAUUUCGUGAAGUCCACUACUACGACAACUUUUCUGCCUCGUAAUGUUGCUGAUUCCAUUCCAUUCUCUUCGGAUAAACUGCCAGAAAUAUUUGACAGAUUCUCUGUAAAACAGAACACAGUGGAAUCUGAAAUAAUAAAGAACACACUGAGUGAAUGUGAAAGGCCAAGUAUCAAGGGCGAAGAGAAGUACUGCGCAACAUCACUAGAGAAUAUGAUUGAUUUCACGACUUCUAAAUUGGGGAAAAAAGUGAUUGCAGUGUCGACAGUGGUUGAAAAGAGAAGAGUAAUGCAGAGGUUCAGAGUUAUUGGAUUGAAAAAAUUGGGGAAAAAGGCCGUGAUCUGCCACAAGCAAAACUAUGCAUAUGCUGUGUUUUAUUGCCACAAGACAAACCAUGUCAAGGCUUACACAGUUUCACUUGUUGGAAAUGAUGGAACAAAAGCCAAGGCAGCAGCAAUUUGUCACACAGAUACUUCGUCUUGGAAUCCAAAACACUUGGCGUUUCAGGCGCUCAAUGUUAAGCCUGGAAGUGCUCCUAUUUGCCAUUUUCUUCCUGAGGAUCACAUCGUUUGGGUUCCAUAUUAACUGUUUCUUCUUGAUUACGAUCUUGAGGAAUGAUUUGCCAGCUGCUGGUUGAAGGAAUGAUGUGUGUUACAAGCUUUGCUUUUUAAUGUAUAAGGAUUGUACUUAUAAGAAGGGAUCCAUGAUCCUUUCGCGGGUUUUAAUAAAAUUGCUACAUGCCAUUAA